AUGACUUCAAACAAACCACAAGUUGUGGGAUGGAUAGGACUCGGGAGUAUGGGCCUUGCAAUGGCGCAGAAUGUUCAAAGAUUUCUCCAAAAAGACACAAAAUCCCAAUUGAGAUUCUGGAAUCGGACGGCGUCUCGCGGCGCGCCACUUGAAUUACUUGGGGGUAUUGGAUGCGAGUCUAUCGCCCAGCUUGUCACCGAAUGUGACCUGAUAUUCAUAUCUACCAGUGAUGAUGCGGCUUUGAAUGGUAUCAUUGACCAAAUGUUGGCCGUCAAAUAUAUUGAUGGCAAGUUGUUUGUUGAUACUACCACCGUGCAUCCUAAUACGACCAAAGAGACAGAUGAAAAAUUAAAGAAAAGGAACGCGUCCUUUGUUGCUGCACCUGUCUUCGGGGCCACCCCGGCUGCGCAAAGUGGUACGGUGUUGAUGGCCAUGGCUGGCCCAACCCAAGCCAUUGAUAAAAUUGCACCUUUCGGAAAAGGUGUCAUUGCUCGGGAUGUGAUGAUUGUGUCCGAUCAGCCCGAGAAGGCGACUCUGCUCAAAACUUUGGGUAAUUUCAUCGUCGCAGGAGCAAUGGAGAUUGUGGGAGAAGCCCAUGUACUAGCGGAGAAAAGCGAGCUUGGUGCAGACAUGCUUGAAAAGUUGCUUGAACUGAAUUUUGGAAUGAUGUAUUCCAGCUCCGCGCGCAUGACGCAAGGCGUUUACAUGCCAGAGGAAGGUCAAUCCCCUCUGUCGAAUCUGAAUCUCGGUAUCAAGGAUGUUCAGCAUGGCAUCAGCUGCGCCAAAGAUGUCGGUACGAGAUUAAGAGUCGCCGAGGUGGCACUUGAAAAUAUGGUACGAGCGAGGGACUUCUCAGAUGCGCAUGGCGGCCGGCCUUUGGAUUCAUCGUCUGGGUACGGUAUCAUACGCCAAGAUGCUGGUCUUGACUUUGAGAAUACCUUUGUAAAGGAACGAGAUACCAGAAAGGAAAACGGUCCUUCCUAA